AAAUCAUGUGGUUGUGUUAGUGGGCCUGAGGAAGCACAUCCCAGCACUUAAUCAUGAGAUGUGAUGUAUUAUAUAUAUUAUUUUCAGAUAGCAUAAAUGUCAAAUAGAGUAAUACAAAAAAUAUACAAAGUGCACAAAGAAGAUGUUCAGAUGGUACAGAUAAUAUGGGAGAGGAACAUUCAGUCCUGUACUAUAACUCAUCUAUAUGCAUUUAUGCCUACUCUCCAACAUAGUCAAGGCCAUCAUUUCCCCCCUGCGCGCGGAGACGCCAUGCACAAUUUUGGAGUCCUGGUGUGGAAUUUCGGAAGAGCAGGGUGGCAGGGUGGGAUGGGAGGUGACGGGGGGUUGACGGGUGGGCGACGCCGCCCCCACCCUCCCCCACGCGUGCACUCAUGGAUGGUCACACAAUGUGACAGUAGCGAUGGUUGGGCACGGGACGCAGCCGCUGCGCUUUGCGGGACCCAAUCUCCAGGUUCCACACGCGCCCUUAGACUAGCAUCGCUUUGCUCACCCUCACGCUGUAUCUCUCUCUCUCUCUUGUUCGCUCUCUUUCUCUCCCGCACGCCUGGCCUCGAACCCCGCGGGAGAAAAUAAGAGAACGCAGAUCGCGACGCUUCCGGGAAAAAGUUUUUGGCCGGCCGCUGUCAAAGGAGAUUGGUAUUGUAUUUCUUUUGAACCACUAGUCGAUGGAUUUAUCACUGACAAUACAACAACAUUUUAGCUAGAAAUCGUGUGAAGCAUGGGUGACUGGAGCUUUCUGGGGCGGCUGCUGGAGAACGCUCAAGAACACUCCACUGUGAUUGGCAAGGUGUGGCUGACAGUCCUCUUCAUCUUUCGUAUCCUGGUCCUGGGGGCGGCUGCGGAGGAAGUGUGGGGAGACGAGCAGUCGGACUUCACCUGCAACACGCAGCAGCCCGGUUGCGAGAACGUGUGCUACGACGAAGCAUUCCCCAUCUCGCACAUCCGCUUCUGGGUGCUGCAGAUUAUCUUCGUGUCCACGCCCACCUUGAUCUACCUGGGACACGUGCUGCACAUUGUCCGCAUGGAGGAGAAACACCGGGAGAAGGAGGAGGAGCAGCGGAAGGCCAGCCGGCACCAGGAGGAGAGAGACCCUCUGUACAGGAACGGAGGAGGAGGAGGGAAAAAGGAGAAGCCCCCAAUCAGAGACGAGCACGGUAAAAUCCGCAUCCGGGGGGCUCUCCUGCGCACAUACGUGUUCAACAUCAUCUUCAAGACGCUGUUCGAAGUGGGCUUCAUCCUGGGUCAGUACUUCCUGUAUGGCUUCCAGCUCAGCCCCCUGUAUAAGUGUGGUCGCUGGCCCUGCCCCAACACAGUUGACUGCUUCAUCUCACGCCCCACAGAGAAGACCAUCUUCAUCAUCUUCAUGCUGGUGGUAGCCUGCGUCUCCCUGCUGCUCAACCUGCUGGAGAUAUACCACCUGGGAUGGAAGAAGGUGAAGCAGGGGGUCAGCAACGAGUUUGCGCCCGACCGAAUGGCGCUCCCCCUGGCCAGAGACGAGGCGGUGGAGUCCAACAUGAGCCAGGAGGGGAUCGCCCACCCGGCCCUCAACUGCCUGCCCACGUACGGUGGCGUGAACGUGGUGUACCUGCCCAACGAGCAGGCAAACGCCACGGCUGCUAUAUCCGAGCAGCAGGCAGUGGCGGCGGAACUCAAGAUGGACCCUUUCCAUGAAGACUUCCUGCUGGAGGCUCCUCCCACGUCCUUCUACGGCAGCGAGGGCAAUGGCCAGCAGCAGUCCGUGGAGCAGAACUGGGCCAACAUGGCCAUGGAGCUGCAGACUCUGGACGCUGCCAAGUCCUCCUUGUACCCUCCUCCUCCCUCCUCCCCUUCUCCGCCACCCUCCUCCUCCUCCCACACCUCCUCUGACCAGGAGCAGUCACCCCCUCCACCGGACACUGCCCCUCCUAUCCCCGACUCCCGCUCCUCCACCCUCCCGCUGGGGGAAUCGAGAAGGAGUGAGGAGCACCAGCAGCAGGAAGAAGAGGCGGCGCUGCCGCUGACGCACGUUGAAGAUGUCACGGUGACCCGGGUGGAGAUGCACGAGCCGCCCGUUUUCAUAGUGGCGGACGCCCGCAGGCUGAGCAGGGCCAGCAAGACCAGCAGUGUCCGAGCCCGGCCCGACGACCUUGCCGUGUAACACAUACACACACACACACACUCUCACACACCUUCACACAAUCACAUACAAACACAUGCAGACCCCUAUCCACCACCGCACCCCAACGCCUCUGGGUUCUAUACAUUAUAUAUCUUUGAGGCUCAGGUGUCAAAUGUUGUGUGAAAUACAGAGGCGAUGUGGGAGGGGGGGGCUCUGGAGUUGAGAUGCUCCUGACAUUACUCUCUACAAAAGUUGCGUUAUCUGGAGAUGCAUUCGGUGAGGUGAGGCAUAGCUUAGUGCUUCAACGUUAUGAGGUGCCAACACGUGUGUGGAAAGGGAACACACACAUUCACUGUUUGCAGCUCAGAUGCCAUGAAAGGAUUAGAGAUAUUGGACUAACUAGUUUGGGACAUUAGCAACAUUUCGGAUGAAUAUAAUUCUGCUGUUUUCUUUAUUCUUUGAUGGUAGACAUCAGAAGAGGGUUUGCGCUUUCGUUAAUUUUUUCUCUCCCCCUUUCUCUUUUCUUUUCUUGUGAUGGACCCUUUAAGAUGAAGCCGAUGUGUCCUACUGUCUCUUCCUGGUGUCUGUCUGUCUGCCUCGUAGCUAGCCGUCUGUCUGUUCCAUGCUCACCCUUCCUAUUAAGCUGAAUGAAGAGAGGGACGCUCUGACAGUAUGGUGGAGUGGAGAGAGACGGGGAUAGGGUACCUGGGUGGCACUUUAUUCAAAAUGACUUGCUAUUUACUUACAAAUGACAUGUUAAUCACACACGACUAGGCACAUUUUGGUACCAGGUAGUUAACAAUGAAGUACCCUCUGAUAAUAUGUAAUGUACCAGUAAAUACCAGGUUAAUACCAGUGCAUAAGGUAACGUCCUACCGGUUACUGUCGUGUGUAGCCAUACUAGUGUGAAGCUUCAACCUAUGUUACCACCUCGAUCCCAACCUGAGGCUUGGUCUUUAGGAUUCACAGGCUUUGUGUGUGUGUGUUUCUGUGUGUGUGUGUGUGUGUGUGUGUGCGUGCGUGUGUGUGUGCGUGCACAAUAGAUAUAUUAUAGAGUCUUGUUUCAAUGUCUACAACAACAUUUAGGCAGUUACAUCCGGGUAAAUAAUAUAUAUAUGUAAGUAUAUUACAUAGUACAUACAGGGUAUAUUAUACAUAUAGAAUGAUGACUUAUAAAGAACCCAUACUGACGCUUGUGUUUGCAGUGUGUCAAAGACGUGUGUGUCCUCAUCGUAAAGAAAUUCAGCAGAUUUAAGACUGUAGGCCCCCACUGGUAGUCAGUAUGGGAAGUUUCAGUAUAGUGCUUGGAGAGAGUAGGCAAUAGAAUUGCUAGAAGAUAGAUAGAUACGGAGUAUUAUUUAAGGCAAUGACAUUUCAUUCUUUGUUACUGAGUCAUAAUAGCAAAAUCAAUAGGAAUGUGCAUUUGCGUAUCAUUUUCUUAAACUCCUGCCAGUUUUUUAAAUCAGAAAAUGGCUCUUAACAUGCAGUUGUAUUUCUUUUAAGCUUCCUGUUUUUUUUUCUCUCCAGAUUAAUUCAUUUUAUUGUCAUCUAACAUUCAGGAAAAAAUCAUAGCUAUCGAACAAUGUUUUGGACAAAUCUCUUUUGCAUUUUGUACCUCUUUAUGUUUUGAACAACGGUAUAUUCUGUUACUGUGAAACUACAACUCACUACUACUGACUCCCUCAAGCACUUGACCUUUGACCUUGUUAUGAUGAAAUCAUAUGUUAUCAUUCCACCACCACCUGGGGUUAUUACCAUAAAGCAACAAGAAACAGGGGGCACUUCAAUUUUGCCACGUAAAGUAAGAACAGAAAGUUGUGAUUCUUACAGUACAUUUCAACAAUGUAGAUAGGCUGUUUGUUCCCAUUUCUCUCUCUAUCUCCCCCUCCCUUACCCUCACACUCGUCCUUCCUUCCUUCCUUUCUUUUCUCUCUUUCUUUUAUUCUCUCUCUCCACACACACACACACACACACACACACACACACACACACACGCAAACACACACACACACACACACACACACACACACACACACACACACACACACACACAAACUCUACAUUGGGGGUACAUUUUGGGAUAGAGGGUUUAGACCGAGACUGUGAAUGGGCUGUUGCUGUGCUCUGCUGUAUGAUGUGUUAAAAUGCUUAGAGAAUCAGGUCUGCUGCUUGUUGCGUUGCCACACACACAGAAUCCAAGUGCCUCACAAAUCGUUUACAUACCAUGCACAUACAGUAUGUUAAAAAAAAGCCACCAGGUGAUGGGAUCGAGCUGUGACAUUGUAAUCCAAAAAAAACGAAGAGCAGGUCAGCUGUCCAUCAAAGAGAGAAAAUGUAAAAUGGCCACCAAUAGAACUCUGUUAAGAGUUGUUGAAAACAGGUUACGGUUCUGUUAACUCAUCAUUUCUGUUUAUAACCUUGUCAUUUCGGUUGUUUAAAGUUGACACUUUAGCAUGUAGAUAAUGAUCUGGACAGUUAAGACAGAAUGGUGUUCUAAGAUAAAAUAACAAAGGACAUCUCAAAAAGAGGAUGUCUCAAUAUUUUUGAAAGUAUUUAUAUUUAUGAGAGAAUUACCAGAUUACCAAAUACAAAAAAGUUGAUUUUGAAAAAAAGAUUGCAUCUUUGUUGACUUUUUUGUCGAAAAAAUACUGGAGAGGUGUUUGGCUAGGUUAAAGUUAUACUCCAUUGUUGUGUCAGGCACCCCCACCCCCCCCACCCCCAUCAGAAAACGGACAUUUGUUGGACUUUUGGAAUCUCUGGCGUGGAGUGAGAUUUCAUUGGCCAGUGAGGCAGGGAAGGAGAUUUAGAUAUGCUCAGACCAGAUACCCCAUUGUGAAAUCACUGUCUAUGAAGAGAAGUGCCUUACGUCUGAACUUUUGUAAGAACAUGUUGAUGUAAAUGUUAAUUUACCUCAAAUGUUUACAAAACUGUUACUGAAUAAACUUUUUGUACCAUA